AUUAAGCUUGGUAGUCCUUCUGAGGCUGCGCAUAUCCGCUUGAGUAUGCAAGUAAAACUGUGGACGGCGGAUCAAAUCCUAUCCUAUCCUAUAUAGUUCACUCUGGUCCCCAUCGUCCUGGCUAAAGGAUCUGAAGUUAAAAAGGUUGGUGAUCGGAUUCGCUUGAAUACUGAUGGUGAUCUCAUGAACGGCGCACCGUUGUAGAGAUGGAUUUCUUUGCUCAUAAUAAAACCAAAAUAGAAUGCAAUUAUAGUUAAAAUAUUAAUGAUUUUUCUUUUUCGCUUCUUCUACAUACAUAGGUGGAUCGCCCCCGAUCGACAACAAAUUAUAUUACUAAGAACGGGGCAGCGAUGCCGUCACCAGCUUGGAUUGAAAAUGUACCUGUUAAACAGCCUGAAAAUCUUCUGCCUCUGCUGAAAAAUUGCAAGAGCAGUUUAAUGACGACGACGACACCGAGUAGACACUAGAAGACGACAGGCUUAUCUUCACAUGGGUCAAGUGCAAGUGCUUUUCUUGAUUGCCAAGGACCUAUGAUAAUUCUACCUCAAGAACAUGAUCAUCCUGCUGCUACUCAAUUAUGCGAUCUAUGGCCACAGUCCAACUGGGACGGGAAACGAAUGAUUUUUAUUCUCCACCCAGUACUAUGCCUAUGAUGGUGAUCGAUCCGAUGGUAAUUUCUGCCAUUUUGCAACUUUGGUUCUGUUUAACGUGUACGUCUGCAACAAGAAAAUGUUUUAUUUUUUUUUACGGCAGUCGUGGUGCGACCACCACCAUUGCCAUACCGAUAUUUAAGUACAUAAAAGGAGGACUGGAUUAGGGCCGCAAUUUUAUUUAAAUUUGAAGUAUUGCUACCUACUGACCACGAAGAGAAAGACGUGACUGGUCCGGACAUGACACGCGUUCACGUUCUGAUUUGAGUCUCCGAAAGGUUUUAUUGCAGUAGUUUGGUGUCGAUUUUUGCGUUUUACUCUGGUCUACGUUCCUCUCUCCGUUUUGUUUCAGAGUUUCCUCGAUAGACCAACGUGGAAUCUUUGCCAUGUUCGAUGUGCAAUGAAGAUGCUACUAGCUGACUAUCAAUAAAUGCUGCAAUUGGGAGACCUCCAAGAGCAAGAUUAUGGAGACUUUCUCAAUGAAUGUAGACAGUGAGUGGAUCAACGAAGACGAUUUACAUUGAUUAAGAUCAUGCGAAUUUGACAAACCUAAUUAUCAGCUUUCAUUGUCAAGGCGCAGGCGGCCCGAAAAGACAAGAACUCCAAGAGGAACUUUUGCCAUCGUCAUCACGAGCAAUGAAAAACCGGAGGCCAACGAUGCGGCGGAUCAAUUUUAUCUACCUCAAUUAGGUGGAGGAAUUGGUCAUCGAUAUAAUGCUUGAGGCAUUGCGGUUUUCCGGAAUAAUAGGCUUGAAGGAAGGAUUAGGAUUUAUACGAGACGAAACGCGAGGGCGAGUGUCAGAAAGGGGCCGGAAGAUGAGAACUGGCACUCAACACAGAUGUUCAUGACUGAGUGAGGAAGUCGUGUGUAGAGAUGUUCGAGUUGAUACAAGAACAGAGAUUGAGACGAGGCGCUGAAAACGGAACCUCACCAAUGUACAAGAUGUAUGUGAGACGCUUCACUGUUGCGGCUGUUUCUCUUGUCUGGUGUGAUAUGUGUUGCCGCCGCAGCAAAAUAGGCAUUUUGAGCAGGAGGACAUGAUAGCGAUAUCCAAACUCAAAU